AUGAAAUCAUCAGUCUUGAGUUUGUUGACUAUCGCAGCUACUGCUUUAUCCGCUCCUUUGCAACAUCAACACCACCACCACCACCAAGAAGAAAAGAGAGCAGUUGUCACUCAAGUUGUCUAUGUUGACGGAAACGGAAACACCGUCUCAGGCCCGUCUGCCACUGCUUCUGGUUCGGCUACUGCUUCAGCAUCAACUGUCACUUCAUCCUCAUCUUCAUCUCAAGGUGGGCAAACCAGCUCCCCAACUUCAGCUUCUUCUUCAUCAGCUUCCUCAUCAAGUCAAGAGUCUUCAACUGAAACUGGUUCAUCAUCAUCAGGCGACUCCUCAAUUGCUGGUGACUUGAAGGCUUUUGUUGACCCAACUGAAAAAUUCGAAGACGGUGUUCACUCGUGUGACUCUGUUGUCACUGGUCAGGGUGUUAUUGCUGUUGACUGGCUUUCAGGAUUGAACGGUGGAUGGACCACCAUCAUGAAUGAGCAAGGUGACACUUCUGCCAACUGCCAAGAUGGUUACUACUGUUCUUACGCUUGUCAAGCUGGUAUGUCAAAGACCCAAUGGCCAUCUGAACAACCAAGCAACGGUAUCUCCGUUGGUGGAUUGUACUGUAAGGGUGGAAAAUUGUACAGAUCAAACCAAGAUCAGGACUACUUGUGUUCAUGGGGUGCCAACAAUGUUGAAUUUGACUCGCAAAUCUCUAAGGAUGUUGCCAUCUGUAGAACUGACUACCCAGGUUCUGAAAACAUGAACAUCCCAACCUUGUUGUCCGGUGGUGGAUCUGCCCCAGUUGCUGUUGUUGACUCCGACAACUAUUACAACUGGAAAGGUGGCAAGACUUCUACUCAAUACUAUGUCAACAACGCUGGUGUCUCUGUUGAAGACGGAUGUAUCUGGGGAACUUCUGGUUCCGGCGUUGGUAACUGGGCCCCAGUUGUCCUUGGUGCUGGUACUACUGGUGGUAAGACUUACUUGUCAUUGAUUCCAAACCCAAACAACAAAGACCAACCAAACUACAACAUUAAAAUCGAAGGUGACGACGUUAACGGAAACUGUAAGUACGAAAACGGACAAUACAAUGGUCACGGAUCUGAUGGAUGUACCGUCACUGUCAACUCCGGUAACGCCAAGUUUGUCUUUUACUAG